GAGCUAAGUGGUCUCGGAGCGAGGAAAAGUCUGCUAAACCAAUGUAUUGAAGAGAGAUACAAAGCUGUCUGCAGUGCUGCCAGAACACGCUCUGUCCUGUCUUUAGGAAUCGCUUGUUUCAAACAUCUCCCAGACAAGUCUGAGAAUACGUACCUCUCCCAAAUCUACAACCUGACCCUGCUGUGUAUGGAGGAGUAUAUCAUCGAACCUCAGUCAGUUCAGUUUCUGGUGCAACAUGGCUUUGACUUCAACAAACAGUACUCGCAGGGGAUUCCCUACCACAAGGGCAAUGACAAGGGCAAUGAGAACCAGAGCCAGAACGUUCGUGCUUUCUUCCUGGAGCUGAUCCGAGCAAAGAAACCCCUCAUUCUGCACAAUGGCCUGAUAGAUCUGGUGUUCCUGUACCAGUGCUUCUACGCCCACCUCCCUGACAAUCUUGGCACCUUCACUGCUGAUCUUUCGGAGAUGUUCCCAGCUGGGAUAUACGAUACCAAAUACGCCUCUGAGUUCGAGACCCGCUUCGUAGCCUCCUACCUGGAGUACGCCUACAAGAAAUGCAAACGAGAGAAUUGCAAGCGGAAGGAUUCCAGCAGCCAGCACCUAUCCAUUGAGUUUUGUAACUACCCCGCAAGCAUGUCUCCGUACAUAGACUAUCGCUACUGCUCCGUGGCAGACACCGAUCACAAGGUGGCAGAUACAAAUAAGGUCCAAGUCUGCGAAACAUUCUCGGCCUAUGGCUGGUGUCCGAACGGAGUGAAGUGUUCCCGGUCUCACAACAUCGACCUCAUUAUCGACGAGGACGAGAAGUUUAAAGAGGAGAAGCGGAAGAAGCGGAAGCAGAGGUGGAGGCGACGGAAGAACGCAGAGGAGUCCGUGAAAGAGUCUGAGCAGGGAAGUCCGGGAAGGGGGAAGGACAUGGAGGUGGCUCAGAAUGGGGAGGACGGUCCUCCACGCAAACAAAGCUGUCCUGGCAGUCUGGCUGCUGGGAUGGUCCCUGCCCCUGCAGAGCCAGCAGGGAACGUGUCCAGUGAAGAGGGCCCCCUGCUGGAGGUGGAGAGUUCGAUUGACAUGGACCGUGAGCCUGGCUCUGACAGUGCAACAGACGUCAAGAUGGAGGAGGAUAUGGGGGGUGCCACAGACCAGGAGAGCAGCACUCACCCAGCUGCCCCCCUAAAAGAAACAGACAUUAGCCUCGCUGCCAGAGGAAACGCCUUGGACAGCGACCAAGGGCAGCAGGUGGGCACUGAUGAGCAAAGCUCGACUGUCCACCUGCAGAGCUGUUCUGAAACUAAAACUGCAUCCUCUGCCGGGAAGCACGCGGUGUCUCAGGAGAGCCGCUCGGAAGGGGGCAUUCACCGAGCUGGCUUUGAUGCCUUUAUGACUGGCUAUAUCAUGGGCUACGUCUGGAUGCUUAAGAAAGGAGAGGGCAGAGACUCGGACUCGGGGCCGUGGCUGCCACAGUGUCACAAUAAGUUGUAUCUCAGUGGGAAAUCGGUGCCACUCCAGAUAGUGAAGAGUUUGUUUUCUAAAUCCUCCAAAGCCCACAGCCAGAAAAUGAAGCUGGCCUGGGCUAGUGGCUAGAACUGAGAGACUCUUGUUUUGUGUUUUCCUCCAGCACUCGGAGCCUCUUCACUCAGUACGUGAAGAAUUUAGCAGGAGGGGAGCAAGUUCUUAGUCAUGUUUUAUUUCUGUACAAUUAAAUUGCACCCUACCUGAA